GCAAAAAAAAAAUGCUGUCGGUAUUGUUUUUCAUCGUCAUUAAUCUAACUUAACAUAAACAAUGUGUUUUACUUUGUUUUUAUUUAAAUUUUUAUAAAAAAAAGUAUAUAUGACGGACUUUCCGUUUACAUGGCUGACAACUUUUUGGUGGACCAUCCCUUGGCAGACGUGGUUGUUGCGGAAGUGAAAAGUCUACGUGGGGAAGAAAGGUUGGUCCGACCGUGUUUGAACACUACAGACAGCAGAGACACUAAUGUCCAAUCCAGGCUAGCUCUGUCCCCCGUUUAACAGGUUUUCCUGUCACCAACCCCCGCCCCGGUGGCUCGCUGAGGCAAAUGGACGAUUAGAGCAGCAGCAACAGGAACCGAAGCAGGAGCCGGGGCGUAUAAAUGGAACGGGGAGGCGACGACGUGCUGUAAUGCUGCGCCGGGUGCGGCAGUCUCUCCGGCAGGUGCUGUAUCUGAUGGCCCGGAGACCGGACCUACUCUGUGGGGCUAUACUUCUGAGCGUCCUGCUGGUGCUUGCAGUCAAGUUCACAUGCAGCCGAGCUAAAAAUGUGGUGGCACCAGCUCGACCCCCGGUCCGGUUCUUCUCUGCUGAGGCCCCCAUAGUUGACCUUUACUUGGGUCAACUGGACCAGGUGGAGCGUCUGAGGAGUGUGGCGGAGGUGUCGCUCAUCUUCUUCUAUGCACCGUGGUGUGCACACUCGAUGGCUGCUCGACAGGAAGUGCAGCAGGUCGCCAGGAAGCUGGCAAAACAGGUGCAGUUUGUGGCCGUCAACUGUUGGUACAGUCUGGGGAAGUGCAGGCGGCAAAAUCGCUUUUACCACUAUCCCAUCAUCCACCUGUUUUAUAGAAAAUUUGGACCCAUCGAGUACAAAGGUCCAGUUGUGGCUCCGUACGUGGAAAGUUUCCUCCUCAGAGUCAUCACACCACUGACGUACCUUCCGUCCAGAGCCACGCUGAAGGAGUUCCUGUCCUACCACGAGCCUCGGGUGGUGGGCUUCUUCCAGUUCAACUCUUCUCCUCAGCCCCCCGGGUACAUCACGUACUUGUCCUCCGCCCUGCAGGCCCUCAGAAGAGAUUCCCACGGCGUCGUUCGCUUUGGGGUCGUCACCAGCAGACAGGUGGCAGAAGCCAUUUCACUGAGAGAAGAUCAGAGCGUUUACCUUCACAGGAGAUUCAACUCCUCCCUGGUUUUCCCUCGUUUGGAGCGGAACUUCACCUCCGAGGCCAUCUGCAGCUGGGUGUUCGAACAUCGCGAGACCUUCCUGCAGUGGCUGCAGCCUCCAGGAACCAAGUCCCGCCUCCUGGAACAUGAGCUGACCAAGGGCCCUGCGCUGCUCCUCUUCCUGCCACACAACCCACUGGGCUCCAAUCCCAUAGUGCACCAGAUAGCCGACAUCGCUCUACGUUAUCAUUCCUGUAACAACAGCCACACCAGUGAGGACAGGACCUUGACCUCUGACCUCCUGUGCUGUCAGUCACUCCUCCUGCCACAGUCCAGGACACACGUCUGUGAGGUGUGUCUCAGCAGGUCAGGACCGAGACUCACCAGCUCGUCCGUACGCUGCACGUUCCCUGCCACGGCUCAGGACGGACGCACGCCGCAGUCCGUUCUCCGACACUGCUGCCUUAACCAAACGCCAGUCCCGGCGUCCACAGAUACCGAAACCUCAUUGGGCUGCAGCAACGUCCUGGACGGCUACAGCCCGUUCACUCAGUACAGUGCCUGCUGCAGAACAGUGGAACCUCAACUCGUCGACUCACAAACCAAAGAGGAGCUGGACGCGGAAAACCCGUCUCCCUCGCCGCCGCCGCCACCGUCUCUGUCCACAGAGCCGUCCUCUGGAACGCAGCAGGGAGACGGCGGCUUCACGGGGCUCCGCUGUCAGACCAACAGGACGCUGAGGUUUUAUUUACUGGACGUUGAUCUGACCUGGCCUCUGGCAGUCAGACUGGGGGCGGCAGGGAACCGGACCGCUUUACUCCACCAGGAGGCGGGUUCACCGGCUGACGGCAGCGACUCACGCUCAUUCGCUGCUAUCGUGAAUCUGAAGGACGAAAUUCAUUAUGUCCUUCACCGCAACCCGGCGACCACACUAACAGACUCCCUAGAAACCUUCAUCAGGAAUUUCAGCGCUCCGUACAGUCUGUUGGAACGACACUUGGUCGGAGACAACAAGAGGACAGGAAGUGAAAAGACUGAACAGACGGAGACCAGGAGUGGACCACUCAUCAAAGAGCUGACCACCGCGUCCUUCAUGCCCUCCAUCAUGGACCUCACAAAGGACGUGCUGGUGUUUUAUUACACACAGUGGUGUGGAUUCUGCUCCGUCCUCAACCACGUCAUAAUCCAGCUGGCCAGAUUAUUACAGGGGAACCGCAGCAUCACCGUGACCAGGGUCAAUGUCGCCCGCAACGACCUUCCCUGGGAGUUCAUGGUGGACCGCGUCCCCUCCAUUCUUAUUUUCCCCAGAUACAGAAAACAUUUUAGCGUGAAGUUUCCAGAAGAUCUUCAGAUCACGUUACCGAACCUCCUCCACUUCAUCUUGAAACAUUCCGACUCUGUUCGCGAUGCGAACAAACCAGCGUCCUCCUCCGAGGCGAACGGUUCAGGAGCCAGCACGAUCCUCCGUGCCGAGGUCCUGACGCUGCAGCGUGAAGUUCAGCUCCUCCACCAGGCGCGUGAACGUCUCUCUGAACAACUGGCGCAGUUAUGGCGCGACAACAGGCGUCUGACGUUCGACAGCCGCCACCUAGUGGCUCAGAAUGAGGAGCUGCAGCGGGAGAGGCAAAGUUUGGAGGAGCAACACCAAGAGAAGAGCCGGCAGCUCGGAAAAGCCGUGAGACGUCUGCAGGCGCUGGCCGACACCUCCGAGCACCUCCUGAAUGAAAACAUGCUGCUCAGGGUCCUGUUGAGGGCGCUGAAGGAGAGGACAGAGGCCUGGGAGCAGGAGCAGGAGGAGGUGGAGGCAGAACAGAGAAGGAGUCACAUGGCCUCCUGAAAAACCAAGAGUCAGGAGUGAAAACAAAGCUGUGAUUGGUAGCAUCUCAGAGCGACAACAAACUGACGAUUUAACGUCGAACUCCAAAAGCAGCAACGACGCGGACAUUUUUGAAAAGUUUCACUCAGAAGCAAAAUGAAGCCUACUGCUGAGUGACAGGUAAAAGGAAACAGUUGCCGCAGAGCCGACAACAAAUACGUCACAGUCUCGGAGUGCUGUGGUGAUGGAGGACGUUCUCUUCAUCACCAGCACGAAAAUUAGUGCCAAGUGUGCGAUUCAUUUAUAAUUUAUUAAAUAAAACUGCAGCCAAAUUUCUACCUUCUUUAAGGUAAAGAAUAAAUCAUAUCAAGUUUAAGUUUAAAACCAACACAAACACAAUGGUGAUAAAAGCACUGAGGACGAGGUUUUCACAUCGAACCGGUCGUCCUGCUCCAGAGAUAAAAUUUGUAAAAUAAAAAAAAUCAAUGUAAACGCUACGCUACGCUACAUGAAGCAGCAGAACAUUAUUUCAGGUCGACCUUCUCGACCUCAGCACCAUGUGGACUUUGCUAUACUUUUUUUCCACCACUCCACCUUUGAUAUUUGACUGAGGCAGCACAAGUGCAUCCUGUCAUCUGGUCUGGAUGCCACUUGAUGUUGCUUUGCACUUGUUAUGACAUUUUGGUUUUUGACAAAUUUCAUUUAGGAGUGACACAACACACCGAGGUUUUAACGUUAGGCAGACGCAACCAACAUUGCUCAGGUGACAUUUUCACAAUCUUAUUUACGCCAAACCAAUUUAAAAUGAAACUGUUGAGCUACGCUGGUCCAGUCGGGGCUGUGGGACUGAGCCUGGUGCAGCCAACUCACCUAUGAUUCACGGUGGUUUGUUCACGAUACGAUUUCAUCACGAUAUUUAUUAUUUUUCCAGUCAAACUGUGACCAAAUCUACUGAUCCUUUAUCCAUAAGAACUAUGCAAAUCCCAUCACCGACUGAAAUGGUCUGUGAACCAUGUGUGAACAACUGACAUUGUUCUCUUCAGUAACAAAAGAGAAACACUGUACAUCAACAUUGAUCUGCUCAGAUUAAACUGGUCAAACUGGUCUGGUCUGGUUGACCUGGUUAACUGUCAGUAUAUGAAACAACAACAGAAGAAGAAGAAACAGGAAGUGGAAAGAGUUUCUUUCUUUACAGAAACUCUGGAGAACGCAGGUUCUUCCCACGUUCUGUUUCUGUCCCUGAAAGCGUUUGGCUGCCAACUCCAAGGGCUAACGGCAACGGUUGAACCUGGUGUGUGUGUAAGAGCACUUGAAAUAAUCUCAUUCUCUAUUUUAUUUAUAUGGAGUCAAAGGACAAUUUGUGUUGUUUAACUCAUUUAGACUCUUUGAUUCCUCAAGUCACUGAAAUAUUAUUUACAUAAUUGACAAUAUUCAGGUAAUAAGAAUGAGAUGCUGCAACUGUUUACAUGUGAGAUGUUGCUCCACUUUUUAAUGAUUAAAAAUCUUCUUAAUUGUU